AUGAUUGAAGCUGGUGUUUAUUUAUCACCGCCAUCAUCAACAUCAACAUCAAUAACCACAAAUAUUAUAAUUUCAAAUUCAUCAAUUUUAAACGCUUCUGUAAGAUUUGAAACUCCAUUAAUCAACUUUGUAAAAACAUCUAUUGUAUUUGAAAAUACUCAAGUUUCAAACGUUUCAAAUAUUGAAGAGAUUAUAUUAUCCAGUCAAGGUUAUGUUUCUAUUAAUAACAGUUCAUUUAUUGGAAAUUCCAAUUUAAGAGAUAUUGUCUUUUCAACAGAUUCAACAGUUUAUUUAACAAAUUCUUCAUUCACCGAAAACAUUGGUUUAAACUCUUCAUCUGUGUUAAAAUUUGACAGCUCACUUCCAAAACAAUACUCAUUUAAUAUUGAAAACUGUCAAUUCUUUAAUAAUACUAAUGUCAAUGGUGUUUUAUUCGUUUCAUACUCAAGUCAAGAUCAAAUUUCAACUUCAAGCAAUGUAAUCGGUUGUGGUGGUGCCAUUUAUGUGUUUAUUGCAAAUCUCACUAUUACCAAUUCAAGUAUUGGUACUGCCUAUAAACAACCAAAAGCAAAUAAUGGUGCAGCAUUUAUUCAAGCUUAUUAUUCAACAGUUUAUAUUAAUAAUAUUAAUUUUGAAAACAUUGAAAAUGGAAUUAAUUUUAAUUUUAAUACAUCAUUUGUUGUAUAUUGUGACCAUUGUUAUGCUAAAAAUAAUGAUAAUACAUUUUGUGGUUCCGAUUCUACAUUAACUGGUGAUUAUUCCUCUUCAGGUUAUUCAACUGGUGAUUAUACCACUUCUUCAACAUCCUCAACAUCAUCAACAUCAUAA